AGUUGUAGAAGACGUAUAUUAUUCAACUAAAUUUUAUUGAAUACCUAGUUUUAUUUCAACUCGAAAUUUUUUUGUUUCUCCUAAGCUAGUCAAACCCGUUGGUAUAAAAUAACAGACAAUCGUCUAAUAAUCCAAUUUACAUAAAUAACACAAUUAUGAUUAAACUUUAUUCUUUGAAGCAACAUAAAAAAGACGGGGAAACUCCAAAGUCGGGGAAUCAAAGGAAAGCAUCUGCUGCUCAUCUUAGAAUAACAAAAGAUUUAAAUGAACUUACUUUACCAAAAACAUGCACUACUGAAUUUCCCGAUCCGGAUGAUUUAUUAAAUUUCAAAUUGACUAUCUGCCCAGAUGAAGGAUCAUACAAAGGUGGAAAAUUCAAUUUUAGUUUUAAGGUUGGAGUCAACUAUCCACAUGAACCGCCCAAAGUAAAAUGUGAAACAACAGUUUACCAUCCAAAUAUAGAUCUCGAUGGCAAUGUAUGUUUAAACAUACUACGCGAAGAUUGGAAGCCAGUAUUGACCAUUAACAGUGUUAUUUAUGGCUUGCAAUAUUUGUUCCUGGAACCUAAUCCAGAAGAUCCUUUGAAUAAAGAAGCUGCAGAUGUUUUGCAAAAUAACAAAAGGUUGUUUGAUAUGAAUGUACAAAAAGCAAUGAGAGGUGGAGUUAUUGGCAACACAUACUUUGAAAAGUGCUUAAAAUAACAAAAAUAGAUGUGAUCAUACUCGGACAACGUUGCAAUACGUUUAUGCUAUAAUAAGGAUUGAUCUUUUUUCGUGCAAACUUUGUAUGAAAUAAAUAAUGUAAUUCUUAUAUCGUAAUAUUCAUUUUUUUUCUUCAUUUUUUUUUUUUUUUUUUUAAGAUGAUAAUAAUAAUUCUAGAUCAUAGUAAUAAUUUUUACACUAAUAUAAGUAACAAAACUGUCUUAGGUAUAAGUUGGUAAUAUAUUAAUUUCAACACAAUGAUAUUUAAAAUUAUGAUAACAACAUGUUGUUUAAUUGGUUUAGAUGAUUUUGUAUAUAGUUUGAACAUACAAUAAUAAUAAUGAAUAGUAAAAGCAAA